AAACAGACUGCGGAAAACACACCGGACACAUGGCUCUCGGCUUGCUUCGGGGGCCAGGACAACAGAUCGACAACCAAAAUUCCACCUCUUGGUUCUCCGCAUUCCGCCCAAAAGAACAAACCAAACACGCAGUAUCCCAACACACCCCCUUUCCCCCACCUCACUCUAGCCUCCAAGAAGAAAAAGAAAAAUCAAGGAAGCGAGAUAGAGACGAGACAACCCUUCUGGAUGAAUGUUCUUUCAUCUUUUAUCCCCAGGUUUAUCCAAUCAAUCAACUCAUUUUAAUCUUCCCCCCCACGGUAAUGAACGACAUUCCAGAAUUUUUUUGAGACGACAAGACCAGAAGACCAAAAAAAAUGGCGGAUACUACCUUGAACGACAAGGAGCUCCAGGAGGCUUACGACUUUGCCGUGCAGCUCGGCAAGGAUGCCGGGGCCAUGCUGAUGGACGCAGCGCGGGCCCGGUUUGGGACCAGUGCUGCGCAGAAGUCGGUCGAGAAGGAAAGUGCAGUGGAUAUCGUAACCGAAACGGACUUCAAGGUCGAGGAAUUUAUACGGACGACCAUUGCCAAGAAAUACCCUAGUCACGGCUUCAUCGGCGAAGAGACAUACUCGGCCGGCGCGUCACGGGACUACCUGGUAACGUCGUCGCCGACGUGGAUCGUGGACCCGCUCGACGGGACCGUCAACUUCACGCACCUGUUCCCGAUGUUUUGCGUGUCCAUCGGCCUGGUGGUGGACCACGACCCCGUGGUGGGCGUCAUCAACGCGCCGUUCGCCAACCAGUUCUUCUCGGCCUGCCGCGGGCGCGGCGCCUGGCUCAACGAGACCGUCCCCCUGCCGCUGGUCAGGGACUCGCCGCUGCCGCCGCUGGCCCCCAAGGGCUGCAUAUUCUCGUGCGAGUGGGGCAAGGACAGGCGGGACCGGCCGGACGGGAACCUGCACAGAAAGGUGGAGACCUUUGUCAACAUGGCCACCGAGCUCGGCGGUCGCGGCGGCAGGGGAGGCAUGGUCCACGGCAUAAGGAGCCUGGGCAGCGCCACGCUCGAUCUGGCCUAUACGGCCAUGGGGUCGUUUGACAUAUGGUGGGAGGGUGGUUGUUGGGAGUGGGACGUCGCGGCAGGAAUAGCAAUCCUCAAAGAAGCAGGCGGGCUCGUGACGACGGCGACCCCUCCUUCGGAUCCAGAAACGGCCGAUAUUCAGGACGCACGGCUCGGCAGCAGACUCUAUUUGGGUAUCCGACCUGCAGGUCCUUCCGAGGGCGAGACGGCUAGACAGGCGCAGGAGAGGGUGGUUAGGGAGGUUUGGAAAAGGGUAAAAGGCUUGGACUACUCCCGACCUGGGGCUUGAUGUCUGCAGGGGGGGAUGUGGGUUUUGAGCAAAUGACGCCAAUCGAAAACCUACCUGUGGAUGUUGUUGUCGAUAUCCCUCUGUCUUGGAUUCCGUCUAGUUCUAGACUAGAACUAGAACUAGUCCAGAUGCCUACCCCUGACCAGAAGCAGAGCCGCAAUCAACGUCGGACAAGACCGUUCGGCCCAUUUCUACAACUCCUUUACCCCAAAAAAAGAGAACAAUCGGCGCUCUGCUCGACAGGCAUUCCAUUCGCCGAAUCGCUAGGGCUGAAAAAAAGGCCCACGGCCAAAAACGUUCCGAGGAGAAAUGGUUCAACGGGAUCCGAAUGACAGUGCCAAGUCAUCCCAUCUUCUCCUUGUCCCCUUUUCCGUCAAGUCUCAUGAUCACUAAACUACAAUCUGAUCCCAUCAACAAGGUUCCCACAGACCGAGACAUUUCC